GGUUUAUAUAGCCUCAAUCCCGCCGCGUCCCCGCAGUGCGCCCUAUCGUGGCUUCACCCUCCUCGGUGCCUGCGGGAAGCGAGGCAGGUGCCAUGGCGGCCGAGGCCCUGGCGGCGGAGGCCGUGGCGUCGCGCCUGGAGCGGCAGGAGGAGGACAUCCGCUGGCUGUGGGCGGAGGUCCACCGCCUGAGGGAUGAGCAGCUGAAUGCGCCCGACCGGUGCCAGGCCGAGGGGCCGUGCCUCACGCGCGAGGUGGCGCAGCUACGGGCCGAGAACCGCGAGCUGCGCCAUCGCCUGUACCACUUGCGACUAUGCCUCGCGGAGGAGCUGAGCCACCGGGCGCGGCAGGAGAGCCCCGCGCGGGAGGAGGCCAGGCGCGCGGCCGCGGGCGCGAAGCCUCCUUCUAGUCAAAGCCAAGAAAAAGACACAGAAAAGAAGGAAAGUGAGCCUGACAAUAAGGUGAAGAAUCAACCAAAUUUUGUGAAGGAAAGAUUGAAGCUUUUUGAAAUAUUGAAGAAAGAUCAUCAACUCUUACUUGCCAUUUAUGAAAAAAAGGGGAAUACAAGCAAUGUGAUCACAGUAAGAGUGGCUGAUGGGAAAACAGUGGAAGGAGAAGUUUGGAAAACAACACCUUACCAAGUGGCUGCUGAAAUUAGUCAGGAACUGGCAGAAAGCGCAGUUAUCGCCAAAGUCAAUGGUGAAUUAUGGGACUUGGACCGUCCAUUGGAAGGAGAUUCCACACUGGAGCUGCUUACCUUUGAUAACGAGGAAGCCCAAGCUGUGUACUGGCACUCCAGUGCCCACGUGCUCGGGGAAGCCAUGGAGCUCCACUUCGGAGGCCACCUUUGCUGCGGCACGCCCACUGACAAGGGGUUUUACUGUGACAUGUUCACUGAAGACAGGGCCGUGUCUAGCACGGAGCUGCCAGCCCUGCAGAGCACGUGUGAGGCCAUCAUAAAAGAACAGCAGCCUUUCGAAAGGUUAGAAGUCAGCAAGGAGGUCCUUCUGGACAUGUUUAAGUACAAUAAAUUCAAAUGCCGCAUCCUGAAUGAAAAGGUUAAAACGCCGACUACCACGGUUUACAGAUGCGGUCCACUGGUUGACCUUUGCAAAGGACCCCAUGUAAGACACACUGGAAAAACUAAAGCCAUAAAGAUUUUCAAGAAUGCCUCAACAUACUGGGAGGACAAUCCUGAAAUGGAAACCCUGCAGAGGGUCUACGGGAUUUCCUUUCCUGAUGACCAGAUGAUGACAGACUGGCAGAAGCUCCAGGAGGAAGCCAAGACCCGGGAUCACAGGAAGAUUGGGAAGGAACAGGAACUUUUCUUUUUCCAUGAUCUGAGUCCCGGAAGCUGUUUCUUUCUUCCCAGAGGAGCCUUUAUUUAUAAUACACUUAUGGAUUUCAUACGAGAGGAAUACCACCAACGCAGCUUCACAGAAGUGCUAUCCCCCAACAUGUACAGCAGUAAGCUCUGGGAAGACUCGGGACACUGGCAGCACUACAGAGAGAACAUGUUUACUUUUGAUGUUGACAAGGACACUUUUGCCCUUAAACCCAUGAACUGUCCAGGGCACUGCUUGAUGUUUGCCCAUCGUCCGCGAUCUUGGAGGGAAAUGCCUAUUAGAUUUGCUGACUUUGGAGUUCUUCAUAGGAAUGAACUGUCAGAAACUUUGAGCAGCUUGACCCAUGUCAGGCGCUUCCAGCAGGAUGAUGCACACAUCUUCUGCACAGUGGAGCAGAUUGAAGAAGAAAUAAAAGGGUGCUUGAAGUUUUUGCAAUCUGUUUACUCGACAUUUGGCUUCUCCUUUCAAUUAAAUUUAUCAACAAGACCUGAAGACUUUCUAGGAGAAGUUGCGAUAUGGGAUGAAGCUGAAAAGCAACUACAGAAUAGCUUGGUAGAAUUUGGAAAACCGUGGAAAAUGAAACCAGGAGACGGAGCAUUUUAUGGUCCUAAAAUUGAUAUAAAAAUCAAGGAUGCUAUUGGUAGAUACCAUCAAUGUGCUACAAUUCAGCUGGACUUCCAACUACCUAUAAGAUUUAACCUUACAUAUGUUAGUAAGGAAGGAGAUGAUAAGAAGAACCCUGUGAUCAUUCAUCGAGCCAUUUUGGGGUCAGUGGAAAGAAUGAUAGCCAUUCUCUCAGAAAACUAUGAGGGGAAAUGGCCUUUCUGGCUGUCUCCUCGUCAAGUAAUAGUGAUCCCUGUGGGUCCAGCUUGCGAAAAAUACGCACUUCAGGUAUCCAAUGAGUUUUUUGAAGAAGGUUUCAUGGCUGAUGUUGAUUUAGAUCAUAGCUGUACACUAAAUAAGAAAAUACAAAAUGCACAGCUGGCUCAGUAUAAUUUUAUUUUAGUUGUUGGAGAAAAGGAAAAGGCAAAUAAUGCUGUCAGUGUUCAAACAAGAGAUAACAAAAUUCAUGGAGAGAUUUCAGUAACCUCUGCCAUUGAUAAACUGAAGAAGCUCAAGAAAACACGUACCCUGUAUGCUGAGGAAGAAUUCUGAAGUUCUUUCCAUGUGCUUAUGCUUGUGUAACCUUGUUCUGACCCCUGAUAGUGCAUUUUCCUUAGUUAGCAUUAGUACUCGUUCCAAGGACUUGGGACCCACUAUUGGCUCCACUGAUGGGCAGAAUGAGAAGAGAGAAAGGGAAUGAGUAUAAUUCUCUAAUGUGUCUGCAGACAAUGAGAGGACAAGCUUGGAAAGUUUUUAAUUUCCUAGAUGUCUUGAGAGACUUAAAUGGGAAAAUGUUAUUCAUUAAAAGAGGGAAAUACUAGGAAAUGAACAUUAUGAGAUGUUAUUGUUAAGAAUUGUGAUUUUCAAAAGAUAGGUUUCAGAUAAAACUCUGCAAAGCUUUUGAAUGUGGGGGACAAUCUUAUUUUCUAAUAACAUUAUUCCUUAGGUUUUGCUUUUGUUUUUUGUUUGUUUGUUUUUUGUCUUUCUG